AUGUCAAAGAAACCAGGAGCCACCCAAGCAAUGCAUAAAGUCAUAAUGGUUGGCAGUGGUGGUGUUGGAAAAUCAGCUCUCACACUGCAGUUUAUGUAUGAUGAGUUUGUUGAAGAUUACGAACCUACAAAAGCAGAUUCCUACAGAAAAAAAGUUGUAUUAGAUGGUGAAGAGGUACAAAUAGAUAUAUUGGAUACUGCAGGACAAGAAGACUAUGCAGCAAUUCGGGACAAUUAUUUUCGCAGUGGAGAAGGAUUCCUAUGUGUAUUUUCGAUAACAGAAGACGAUAGCUUCCAGGCUACACAAGAAUUUAGAGAACAAAUUCUCAGGGUAAAGAAUGAUGAAAACAUUCCAUUCUUAUUAGUGGGUAAUAAGAGUGAUUUACAAGAGAAAAGGAAGGUUAGUCUAGCUGAAGCUCAAGCAAGGUCCCAACAGUGGGGUGUUCCUUAUGUAGAAACAAGCGCCAAAACAAAAGAAAAUGUAGACAAGGUAUUUUUCGACUUGAUGCGUGAAAUAAGGUCACGCAAGAUUGAGGAUAAGUCGGCGAGCAAUGGUCGAGGUAAAGACCGUGCCAAGAGGAAGAAAAAGAAGUGCAUUAUUCUAUAGGUAUUCUUUGAUUUGAUGCGAGCGAUAGCUGCUCGCAAAGCACAGGAAAACCAGGGAGAUGGGAGUGAACGUAAGAAGAAAACGAACUGCUGCAUCUUGCUAUAACAAACAUACAACAAUAUGUAGCUCGUGUUAUAGGAGAAAGUUAAACUCCUAUAAUCGAAAGCUAAGCGUAAGAAAAGAGAAUUGUAUUUAUACUAAAGAUGAAAGUUUUCUGACACUUUACAGUGGGUUGACAUUUUUAAUUUGUCCUACCUUCUGCGAUACAUUCAGAAGGAAUAUUCAAACUUAAGACAUGCAAUUUAUGCUAAUAUAUUUAUAUAUACAUAUAUGUAUAUAAUAUAAUCCACUGAUUUCAUAUACUUAAAAAUUUGAAGAACAUACGAUGUUUUUCUAUAUAAUAUUAUUAAAAUAUAUUUCAAUAACAAUAUCUUGAUAUUAUCGCGACACUAUAUUAUUAUAUAAUACAUCCCUGUUAUGUACAUCUUGAGCUAAAAAACGAAUUUAACAAUAAAAUGGGUAAUAAUACAAAAUUAAGUGCGAGAUUGCUUGCAGACUUGUCUUUAGAGUGCUGAAAUAUGGAUGAUGGUUAAUGUUUUCGAGAUAAUUUAAAAUGUUACGAAUUUUGCAAAUAUUAUUUGUUUCGUUUUUUCAAUAUAUAUAUUAUUUACAAAAAUUAUGUAAUUACAUUCAUGUUGAAAUAAAACAAUGCCUUCGCUUUUGA